CUCUCCUUGUGACGCGGUUCGUUUCCAUGGUGACUACUGUAAACAACUGAGAAGUUUUGGACGUGUUUUGGAAACAAAUCUUGGUGAAGUAAAAUGGCACAAAAAAGUACGCAAGACGGACAGGUUGAUGACCUUUUCAUCGUAUUUGAAGGCUCUUCCUCGGAGGAUGGGUCUCACGCCCGGCAGCUCUGGAAAUCCAUAGCCCUUCUUCCGCCGCUGGAAUCCCGGUUAGCAUCGGCAGACAUCCGCCAACGGCUGCCGGUGGCGCGUCCGCAGCGCCGCGGGACCUCCCAUGUUGACGACCCGGUCCCACUCACCGUGUGCAGUGAACGGCAGAGAGAGGACGAGCGGCGGCGGUACCAGGCCAUGGCCGACCAGAAGAAGGAGGUGAUGGCGCUGCUGGGGAGGCAGAGGCAGCAGAGGAUCCAGAGGGAGCGCCUGUCCGCGGCCGUUAAACCGAAGAAUAAGGUGGUGGAACCACCAGACCCAGAAACUGAGCUGGACAAGGAGCUGGUCAGACAGCUUCCGUAAACUAAUUUAUAUAUUUAAAAAAUGGUGACUAAAUAAAUGAGCCACCCAACUGUAAUGGGCUGGUUGGAGAUGA